CAAUUUUGGGCGGACAGUAAACAAAUAUUUUUCCAGCUAAAAGUUCUUUCCCACUGCAUUUCCAUGUCCGAUUAUUAUUAUCAAAAACCGUGAGUGGUUACCAAAUUUCGCCACUCAUAUCAUACAAUUAUAAUCCCCAAAUUCACCAAUCUUCUUAAUCCAAACACCUUUCAAUUGAAUCUCAACAGCAAUGUCAACUGUCACCAGCAACUGUUCGUUACUCCCUCACUUCUGCACAACCGAAUUUGCAUCUUCAACUGCUUCUAAAUCCUGUCGGUUCACUUCAGUUUCGAAAACACACCGAAUUAUUAGGUGUCAAUCGACAAGUACAGAUGAGAAGAGGAAUAAGAGUAGAAAUGUGUUGGAUAAUGCAAGCAAUUUGCUGACUAAUUUCUUGAGUGGUGGGAGUAUAGGAUCAAUGCCUGUUGCUGAAGGUGCUGUCUCUGAUUUGUUUGGGAAACCUCUUUUCUUCUCUUUGUAUGAUUGGUUCAUAGAGCAUGGAUCAGUUUAUAAACUUGCCUUUGGUCCAAAAGCAUUUGUAGUUAUAUCAGAUCCUAUUGUCGCCCGAUAUAUUCUUCGCGAAAAUGCAUUUUCGUAUGAUAAGGGAGUUCUUGCCGAUAUUCUGGAGCCAAUUAUGGGAAAAGGACUAAUUCCUGCUGACUUAGACACUUGGAAGCAAAGGCGAAGAGUUAUAGCUCCGGGUUUUCAUACCUUAUAUUUGGAAGCUAUGGUGAAAAUGUUCGCUAAUUGUUCCGAAAGAUCAAUAUCAAAACUCGAGAACCUUCUAGAAGCCAAAAACUUGCAAGGAGGGCACGAAAUCGAGUUAGAUCUCGAAGCGGAAUUCUCGAAUUUGGCCCUGGAUAUAAUCGGUCUCGGUGUUUUCAAUUACGACUUCGGUUCUGUCACAAAAGAAUCUCCUGUCAUUAAGGCAGUAUACGGCACGCUUUUCGAAGCCGAACAUCGAUCAACUUUCUACAUUCCGUAUUGGAAAUUUCCUCUGGCUAGAUGGCUGGUUCCCAGACAACGGAAAUUUGCAAACGAUCUCAAGAUUAUUAAUGAUUGUCUUGAUAAUCUUAUAAAAAAUGCAAAAGAGACGAGACAGGAAACGGAUGUUGAGAAACUGCAGCAAAGAGACUACUCGAAUCUCAAGGAUGCGAGUCUGCUGCGUUUCUUAGUUGACAUGAGGGGAGUUGAUGUUGAUGAUCGACAACUACGGGAUGACUUGAUGACAAUGCUCAUUGCUGGCCACGAAACAACAGCUGCUGUUCUUACGUGGGCCGUCUUUCUUCUGGCUCAACAUCCCGACAAAAUGAAGAAAGCACAAGCGGAAAUCGAUGCUGUCGUCUCACAGGAUGGAAUAACUUUGGAGUCACUUAAAAAGCUAGAAUAUGUUAGACUAAUCAUUUCUGAAAGUCUACGCUUGUAUCCUCAACCUCCGUUACUCAUCAGGCGUUCUCUAAAAUCAGAUCGAUUACCAGGAGGUUAUAAGGGUAAUAAAGAAGGAUACGAAAUUCCAGCUGGGACCGAUUUAUUUAUUUCAGUAUAUAACCUUCAUAGAUCUCCAUACUUCUGGGACAACCCUAAUGAAUUCGAACCGGAGCGGUUUCUUGUUCAAAAAGAUAACAAUGACAUUGAAGGGUGGGCGGGCUUUGAUCCAUCUAGAACCGCUGGAUCUCUGUACCCAAACGAGACUGUAUCGGACUUUGCAUUUUUACCAUUUGGUGGCGGGCCAAGAAGAUGCGUGGGAGACCAAUUUGCGCUAAUGGAAUCGACGAUAGCGUUAGCGAUGCUAUUACAGAAGUUUGAUGUGGAGCUAAAAGGAUCUCCGGAUUCGGUGGAACUUGUCACAGGAGCAACGAUUCAUACGAAAAGUGGGCUUUUCUGCAAAUUAAAGAAGAGAUCUCACACUCAUUAGCAAUAAAGUUUGCUUCUUUCUCUUGUUAUUAGCUUCUGAUUAAAUGGUACAUGUGACCCUUGAGUUUAUAUUUGGUUUUUUCAACAAUGGAACAAGUUCAAUCAUGUAAAACAGUUAUAAUUACUUAAGUUUUGUGAAUUAUAUGUUUAAAAUUAAAAAAAUAAAAUAACUAGUAUGGAGAUA